AUGCCUUCACAACAGAAGAAAGGCCAAGGCAAGGCCACCGGCCCUAAUCCAGUUCCUUCCAAAGACAUGCCCCCUUUACCAGAAAACUUUGGCCCGGUGUUCUUCAAGAACCAAUUUCGAACCAAAAUCGGUCUCCCAACGAAAGAGAAAUACCCUACCAUCGGGGAGAAAGGUUCAUGUGCCAUCAUCACAGGUUCCAACGUUGGCCUCGGGUUUGAGACAGCUAAACAACUUCUAUCUCUUGGUCUAUCCCACCUGGUGAUGGCUGUACGAUCAAUUGAAAAGGGGAACACGGCUGCAAAGCAACUCCGUGCAGCAGCAGGGGCUAAUGGAAAUCCCUCCGCCAAGGUAGAUGUCUGGCAGAUUGAUAUGGAGUCCUACGAGUCCAUUCAGGCAUUCGUCCACGAGUGUCAAAGGUCCUUGCCUCGUAUUGACUUUGUCAUCUUGAACGCCGGCGUCAGUGCAAUGACAUUUUCGACUGUUCCUUCAACCGGUCACGAGAAGACUAUACAGGUGAACCACAUUAGCACAGCAUUGCUUGCCAUUCUCCUACUUCCUGUGCUCAAAAGCAAAUCCAUGGAAAGAAAUACGCCGGCACAACUUACCAUUGUCAAUUCGGUCACAGCUCAUUUAUGCAAGAUACCCAACAAGGACAAACGCCCGUUUUUGCCCUCUUUCGACAACACAGCAAUUACGCCCUGGGAUGCGGAAGAGAGAUACGGAGUAUCAAAAUUACUCAGUCAGUUGUUCAUCGUCAGACUGGCGGAGCAUGUCAACCCCGAUCAUGUCAUCGUCAACAUGGUUGAUCCGGGACUUACAAAGGGCACCAGUCUAUCUCGUGAUGCCAAGGGUGCUACUGGUGUUGCUGCAAAGAUGUUUUUCUCUAUUGCCGGAAGGCCCGUAGAUAGAGGAGCGGCGACAUAUGUUGAUGCUGUUGCGGGACAUGGCAAAGCCUCCCAUGGUUGUUUUUUGAUGAAUUGCCAGGUUUCCCCGCUCUCUCGCUGGUUCUAUACUGAUGGCGAUGUUUUGAAUGACUUGAUUUGGACGGAGACUCUCAAAGAGUUACGCUUCGCGAAUGUCGAACAGAUCAUCACUUCGAUGCAUGGCGAUGUCUAA